AUGCGGAUCUUCGACUGGACCAAAGAAAAGACUGUGGUUUUUUGCGCCGGAGCGUGGGAUGAGUUGAAGCAACAGAAGAAGGUCCAUGCCUAUUUCGGUGUCUAUACAGUCUGGGGCCGGAAGCCUGAGGAGAAGGAAAAGGAGGACACUACUUGGAUAUACUCCUAG